AUGUCCUUGCUGGAGCGCAACGUGCACUCCUCGGGAGCAACGGGUGGAGACCACCAGCUUACUUUCGAUCGGACCGCAGCACCCUCGCGGGCUAACACUCCAGCAUCAACUCCAGCACCUACAGCGGGUACUGCUUCGGUAUUAAGCCAUGGAGCGGCUGCUCCGGAUGCCGCAGGGAUCCCACAGGAGCAAGCGCCAAGCAAUAUGGUACAGGGACUGGAUAUCGCGGCGACACCUGCAGUUAUCCCGGAGGAUCCGUUCGGGGUCCUGCAGCCGCAUGAUACAGCCUACAAACUGCUUGCGCAGCCAGCCUUGAUCAUGACACGCCAGAUCGAAAUGAUGAACGUUCUGGUGGGAUUCGAGCAAGCCAACAAAUAUGCGAUCGUGGAUCCCUCAGGAGCUCCGAUCGGAUACAUUGCAGAGGAGGACACGACCAUCAUGAAGGCCAUGAGCCGACAGCUUCUUCACACGCAUCGUCCCUUCAAGGCCUCAGUUUUGGAUUUGGAAGGCAAUGAGGUCUUGAAGAUCCACCGUCCCUUUGCGUUCAUCAACUCCAGGAUCAUGAUCUCAACGCCCGAUGACCGGUUGAUCGGCGAGGUUCAACAGGAGUGGCACUUGAUCCGCAGGCGCUACAACCUCUUCACAAUCGAGCAACAGGAUACGAACGAAAUACAGCGGGAUAGCAAGACGACAGCGAUCUCGACGGAGCGGGAUCUGAGUGGUCAUGGAUUGACCCGAGUCCAGUUUGCUCAUAUCGAUGGAGGGUUUUUGGCCCUGGACUUUGAUAUGCAGGAUGAGCAAGGGCAAAGGAUGGCUAGUGUGAACAGGAACUUUGUGGGCUUUGCGAGGGAGCUCUUUACGGACUCAGGACAGUAUGCUCUUCGGUUCGAUGCGGCUGUGAUCCAGGACUUGCAGCAGGAGCAGGGACUUGGGGCCACACCCGCGGCGACGUCGACCUUGUCAGGCACAAGCGAACAGGAUCUGCAGCAGGCUAAGGAGAUCCAGGCAAACAAGGACGAGAAGGCGCUGGCGCAGUUGGAGAGCAGAGGUGGACUGACGCUUGAUCAGAGAGCUAUUAUGCUGGCGUGUGCUGUCAGUAUCGACUUUGAUUACUUUUCACGCCAUUCAGGGAACGGGGGUAUCAUGCCGGUUCCGAUGAUGAUGGGAGGUGGACAUGCGCCUGUUCCAAGCAGCAGUUCGGAUAAUCCCAUGGGUACAGUGGUUGGCGCGGGAGCGGGCGCAGGUGCAGGACAUGUGCUGGGCGGCGCAGCAGCAGGAGAUGUUGCGGGAGGGGCAGCCGGAGGUAUGCCGACACCACCACCGAUGCCAUCUGCACCACCAGCAACAGGGGGCGGUGCUUGGGGAGAGGACAUGCCCGCGGGAACGUCGACGGAUGGGUGGAGCGAGGAUGUCUGGAGCGAGGAGAGCGCCGACUCUGGAGAUUCUUGGUUCGGAGGCGACAAGGGUGAAGGUGGAGGUGGAGGAGGUGAUGGCGACGGGUUUGAUUGGGGAGACUUGCUCUAG